AUGGUCAAAUGGACCCCCGAAUUGGAGGGCAAGUUCCUCAGUGUGGUUCUGAGGAAGCUUGAUAUACACGUUUCUGGCGAAAACUGGGCUCAAAUCGCCUCUGAUCUGGGCGACGGCUUUACAGCCAAAGCCUGCCGCCGUCCAUCUACUGCACAUUCUUGCUACCCUUCAAUUUUCAUUUACACUGCAAUCUCUUCUACUAUAUCUUGCAAACACACAAUCAAAGCAACCAUGCCUGUCAAGUGGACCAAAGCGGUCGAGAGCCGCUAUCUCAGCGUUGUUCUCAAGCAGAUCAACGCGCGUGUCUCUGGCGAAGACUGGACCAAUAUCUAUCUAAUCCUGCUCUCUAUUUAUUUAUCGCUUUUGCCUCUACUCUCCCAAUCUCAUUUCGCCAUCAUGUCUGGUGGUCGCUGGACCGAUGCCUUGGACAAGAAGCUUCUGCUCAAGUACAUUUCUAUCAAUGCCACUGGACCGCGCAACUGGGACAAGGUCGCUGCAGCAAUGGGCCUGGCUUCACCACUGCGGCUUGCAACUAACUCGUCUUCGUCUAGACUCCAUUUCGCCAAAAUCCUAAAAGACGGAGAAUCCGAUGCCGGUGCUGCUACUCCGGAUGGCUCUGGCGCCACUCCUUCUACCACAGCUGGAAAAAAGCGCAAGGCUGCUACUGCUACCACCGACGGCGGUAAAUCCCCUAGCAAACAGCCUCAGAAACGCCAGCGAAAGACUGCCGCCAAGGACAAGGGCAAGUCCAAGGACGAGGAUGAGGAUGAUGAGGACAGCCCCUUUGUGAAGAAGGAAAUCAAAGACGAAGAGAGCGAAGCUCUAGACUCUGACGAGGCUUGA